AUGGCUGACGCUAUCGCAACACAACUUCAAAACACUACCCUCAGCGGGGAUAACGCCGCAGAAGUCAGACUCCAAGACACACUUCAGCUACCUCCCAGAGAUGCCCGACCCCAGACUGAGGACGUUACUGCCACCAAGGGCCUCGAGUUCGAGGACUUCUACAUUAAGCGCGAACUGAUGAUGGGCAUUUUCGAGGCCGGAUUCGAGAAGCCCUCCCCCAUCCAGGAAGAAACGAUACCCGUUGCCCUCACCGGCCGAGACAUCCUUGCCCGAGCCAAGAAUGGUACUGGCAAGACCGCUGCCUUCGUCAUCCCCACCCUUGAGCGGAUCAACCCGAAAAGCACCAAGACCCAGGCUCUGAUCCUGGUCCCCACAAGAGAGCUGGCUCUUCAAACUUCCCAAGUUUGCAAGACUCUCGGAAAGCAUCUGGGUAUCAAUGUUAUGGUUACUACUGGUGGAACUGGUCUCAUGGAUGAUAUCAUCCGGUUGAAUGAUGCCGUUCAUAUCCUUGUCGGUACCCCUGGUCGAGUCCUGGAUCUUGCCAGCAAGGGUGUUGCCGAUCUGUCUGAAUGCCCAACUUUCGUCAUGGAUGAGGCUGACAAGCUCCUCUCCCCCGAAUUCACCCCUGUCAUUGAACAACUGAUGUCCUUCCAUCCUAAGGAUCGCCAGGUCAUGCUUUUCAGUGCUACUUUCCCCCUCAUCGUGAAGUCAUUCAAGGACAAGCACAUGCGCAACCCGUACGAGAUCAACCUGAUGGAUGAGCUCACCCUGCGCGGUAUCACGCAGUACUACGCCUUUGUGGAGGAGAAGCAGAAAGUUCACUGCCUGAAUACCCUGUUCUCAAAGCUCCAGAUCAACCAGUCGAUCAUUUUCUGUAACUCCACCAACCGUGUGGAGCUUCUGGCCAAAAAGAUUACAGAGCUUGGUUAUUCGUGCUUUUACUCGCACGCUCGGAUGCUCCAGCAGCACCGUAACCGCGUGUUCCACGAUUUCCGCAAUGGUGUUUGCCGUAACUUGGUCUGCUCAGACUUGCUGACCCGUGGUAUCGAUAUUCAAGCGGUCAACGUCGUCAUCAACUUCGACUUCCCAAAGAAUGCUGAGACCUAUCUUCACCGUAUCGGUCGUUCCGGACGUUUCGGUCACCUGGGUCUGGCCAUCAACUUGAUCAACUGGGAUGAUCGUUUCAAUCUGUACAAGAUUGAGCAGGAGCUGGGCACCGAGAUUCAACCCAUUCCUCAAAACAUUGACAAGAACCUUUACGUCUACGAUUCUCCUGAGAACAUCCCUCGUCCUAUCUCGAACCCCGCUCAACCCAUGAUUACGGCUCCCCAGCACCCUAUCAACGGCGACCGUCAGCCUCGUCGUCAGCACAAUCACCAGAAUAACGGGCAGUACUACAACAACAACCGAGGUCGGGGAGGCUCUUAUCGUGGAGGCCGUGGACAAGGCCCUCGUCGUGGCCCCCAGCAACACGAUUCCAACCAGGCCGCUUUUGCCCCGAGCCAGGUUGGCCCGCAGCCACCAGCUCCUGUGUCAUAG